CCUUACAUCUGGUUAUAGUUAAUAAUAGUGAUACUUUACAGUUUAAAUACAGUAUCACACUGUACACAGUUACAUCUCAGACUCAAUCAAUUAACAUCCACAUCCACGACUCACCCAGGAAAUCAAUUAUCAAAUUAAUCAUCAGAGUAGUAAUAAUAAUAAUGUCCUCGCCAGUGCCCACGCCACGGCAAUUCCUAACAUCCCUAAUAGAGAGCCUAAACUCAAUCCCAACACCCACCACCACCCCCCUCCAACCCAGCGCGGUCGCAGCUAACCCCCUCAAACUCAUCCCGCCAGCCUAUCGGCCGCUCCUCACCACCCUCUACGCAGUAUACCCGCUGACGUUACUCCCGGCCCUAGACAUACUAGACAGACGUCUCGCAACGCGCAUCGUCGUAGGGCCGUCUCAUCCACAGGGUGGUGGUGAAGCAGCACUUUCCGGACCCUCUCCUUCUUCUUCUUCUUCUCCUUCUUUUUCUCCAUCACCAUCGCAAACCCGCGAAGAAAAAAGGGGGCAGCGGCAGCAGCACGUCUUCUUCAUCGUGCGCUCCGCGCAACUGCAGCACCCGCGCCGCGAGUCUCCCGCCUCCGCUUUCGCUUCCGGCCCGCGGUACGUCGUGCGCCCCGCCGCCUGGAAUUGCAGCUGCGCGGCGUUCGCGUUCGCCGCGUUCCCGCGGGGCGAGGACCGGGAAGCCGGCCCGUACGCCGUCGGCCCGUGUUCUCCUUGCCUAGGACCGGCUCCGGCUCCGGCUCGGGAGGGUAGUGAUGAGGAUGAGCCGAGCGGCUGGCAGUUCGGCGCGCUGAGCCGUGACGGGGCCGACGGGAGCGGCAUCGCCGGGGUGCCCUGCUGCAAGCACCUGCUCGCAUGCGUGCUGGCUGAGCGGUGGAGCGCCGUGCUGGGAGGGUACGUCGAGGAGAAGGUUGUUGGGAGGGAGGAGGCUGCGGGUUUGGUGGCUGGUGUUUAAAGGGGGUAAGUGUGUUGGAGGGAAAGGAGAGGGGGUGUCCGAGGGUAUGAUUGAUUUUACGAAGUGACGAACGAGUAUUCUACGUAUGUACUCGCCCAACCUUGGGAUGGACUUAUUCAGGGCUAUAAUGUAAUAUGAUGGCAUGCAAACAUUGCUGGGUACAUAUCCCAUCACCUCACGAGGAAUUAA